GUUCGUGUUUUUCAACACUAAAACGCCAGCGCUCGGGAAAUAUUUUUUUUACAAACGGAGCUGAAAUAGACUUGUAAUCCGUUUUCAAAAGGAAGUGUUUUUGUUUUCUUUUGCACUGCGUUAGGCGAAACGCAAAGUGAACGUAAAAUCCGAUAGCAAUGGAUAUUGAACUAAGUCUGGACGAGAUUAUUGAGCGGAAGCGCGGACAUGGCGGCCGUCCCAUGGAGAAGAAGUUCAAUGGGAACUACUCCAAGCCACGCCGGGUGCUUAAUAAGCCGGCCUUCAAGGCCUCGGGCGGAUCAGGUGGAUCCCUAUCGGAUCCGCCGGCCCAGCGAUCCUUCGACGCGCGUAACAAGAUCAUACAGAAGACACGUGCCAAGAUAGCUGACGCUCGGGACUUGCUCAACCAAAGUAUGCGCGACUCGGGCAUCGAUGCCCGCCAAGUGCUCCUCGAGCGAAAGAAGGGUCGUCCGCUGGGCCCGACCACCAGUGCUGACGGAGAACCAUUGCUCACAUCGCGCCACGCACGCGGAUCGGUGCACAUGGGCCACUUUGGCCAGCGUACCAUCACCAUGUCUAACCGCCCGGGUGGCACAAUUCAGGCGGAGUGGGACUCCGACGAGGAGACCGUCGGUCUGGGUGGUGGUGGUGGUGGUCACAAACCGGGCGGCCAUCGCCGUCCCUACAACUCCAGACCCAAUCAGCCGGGCAAACCCUUUGCUCCGCACGGCUACGUUGAUCACGAUAAUAUGCAGGACUUAGAGGAUGAGGAGAUCACACGUACACUGCACUUUGGCAACUUCAUCACUCAGCAGCCGCCGCCUCGCUACACAUUUGGUGGCUUCGAUCUGAAUCGCGACGACGAUGUCGAGAUGUCCACGGCUCCGCUUAAGAACAACAUAGCCAGCGAUCCGUUUGCCAUCUACGAGGUGGCCCGCAAUCGCAUCGAGCGUCCGUCGCUGCCGAGUCCACUAGUGGUUGGACGCUCGGAUACCAGCGAAAAGCUCUUCGAGCGUCGGCAGCGCAACAUGGUAAAGACCAACAAUCUGCCGGAAUCUUUGCGAGCUCGCCUCUUUGGCGGUGAGCCCGAUCGUCGCGUUUCCCAUGGAAUCUACGCCAACGAAAACAGGGGACAGACCGUUGGUGCUGGUGCUGGUGGUGGUGGAGGUGGAGGUGGAGGUGGUGGCUUAGGUGGUGCCGGUCCCUCAUCGUUGACCCGCUCGAUGAACUUGCGCCGCUCGCCUCCCACUUUGCCGCUGGGAACAUCGAACAGCAAGCCCGGCUACCGCCUGUUGGUUAGCAAUCUCCAUGCCAACGUGACCACCGCGGACAUUCGCGAGCUCUUCAGUGAUAUUGGACCGAUGUACCAUGCACAUGUGGUGCGUCCGGGCACCGCUGAGGUUAUUUACAAGUCACUGGAACACGCCGAGAUGGCCGUGGACGCUUAUCACCACCGUGAGUUCGAUGACCAGCCGAUGCACUGUGUUCUGGUCAAUCCGCACUCCUCCCACCGCUCGGCGCCCUCCGCCAGUUCUCGCACCGUGACCACCAACUCAUCCGGCGUGGAGGUGGACAUCGAUGCGCUUCACUCAGUGCUCUUCCGAGACCGCUAGGAAGUGGCGAGCGCGAACUGAGAGGCAACUAGGCAAUUUUCCAGCUCCACUAGACACCGUUGAAAUCAUUCUGACACAUCCUACUCUAUUCAUCAUCUCUUUAGUAUUAAGAAAACAAAUAACAUCAUUACUCCUUAGGCGCUUUUUGUCUAGUACGAAUCAGUCCAUAAUUUCGUUGUUGGCAAACUGAAUAAGUUUAUACGACACAGGUUUUCUUUAGCAUCAAAGUCUUAGUCGACUGCGAAUCCAAAUGAAUAGUUAAGAAAACAGAACAAUACAUAAAUAUAAAUGUGUUUUUUUUUUUAAAUUA